UCAUCACUCGCCAACUCGCUCCUUUCCAAACAUCUCCACCUCGUCCCCUCGUUCUCACUGUCGUGUUCCUCCCUUCUCAAGUGUCUGCCAGACCUAGUGAUACCGGUACCGUCGGGGUUCCUCCAGCCCCCUCCAACAAUCCCCUCUUGUCCUCGACAAAUUCGACCACUCCACGCUGCAACAACAACAACAACUUGUUUGAAAGCAUGGCUGCGAGGCUCGCGCUGCUUCUGCUCGCCGUCUUGGCGUGCGCCUGUAGCACUGCGACCGGCGCCAAGAUCUCGCAGGUGUACGUGUUCGGCGACGAGUCGGUGGACGUGGGCAACGCGAAUCUCUUCAAGCAGGCGCCGCUGAAGGCCAACAAGGCGCCGUACGGCGUCAGCUACAAGCCCGCGUCGGGCCGCUUCUCCGACGGCAAGCUCGUCGUCGACUACCUCGCUGACUUCCUCGCGAUCGCCCCGCCGCGCGCCGAUCUCGCUCCGCGCAAUGCGUCGCUUCCCUUCACCGGGCUCGACUUCGCGACCGCCGGCGCUGGCGCCAAGUCCGGCACCAACGGCGGAAAGACGCGCGGGCUGCAGGUGCAGUUCAACGAGUUCAGGAAGUGGUUCCACGAGGCGCAGAGGACCAACAACCCCGACCUCAAGCUGGGCGAGGCUCUGUUCGUGAUCAGCAUCGGCGCCAAUGACUACAUAGCUGAGCUCAGCCGUGCGCAGCCCAACAUGACGACCCUGACCGCCCUCGCCUCGUCCGUUUCCAACAUCGUUAUAAACAUCACUCAGUCCCUCUAUAAACUCACCGGCUCCUCCAACAUUGUCCUUUUCGACCUGCCAAACCUCGGCUGUAUUCCCGCCGUGCGCCGCGCGCAAAACACCGGAAUCAACUGCACGGAUGCUGGUAACCAGGUUACCAUUAUCCACAAUUUCGCCAUGAUCACGAAAUCGGACAAGCUGAGGACCAACCCGGACCUCCCCAUGCCUAACCUCGUGUUCUUCAGGCAGUCUGUUGUGUACAAGACCAUGAUUCAAGUCCCCGUUUCUGGCCUGACCAACCAGACCUACCCGUGCUGCGAGGCCGUCACCAGCACCGGCACCGUGGUGGCGUGCGGGCAGACAGCAGGUGCAGGCAAGGCAGCAGUGACGGCAGGCCCGUGCGCCGCCCCCGCCAAGUACCUGUGGUGGGACGCACUCAACCCCACACAGGCGGUCAACCAGAAGGUGGCCAACACUCUCUUCUUCAGUUCCAACCCUAACAUGGUUCGCCCCAAUGGGCUCAAGAAGUUCUUUGGACUGUAGGGCAGGAUGGGGGAAGAAGGCGAUAAACGGUGGUAGCUGUAUCUAUUUGGAGAUGUGCUGUGCUCCUCCCACCUGGGUGGCUUGAGCCUGUGGGUCUCUUUGUCACCUAGCGUGAAAUAAAGACCAGAGCACUCCUCUGGCAAGUGCACAGGCUGUGGGCUGCAUGUUUUGUUGAUUCAUGUAACGUGAGUGUGUAUGUGCACGAAUAAUACUGGAAAAUGUUG